UAGGGGGCGCCUCAACACAGCGCCACAGCUAUUAGCCUGCCCAACACAACACUGACUUUAAGUCUUUUAUCUUCUUAUUAUAACAGCAAAAUUAUCGGAUUCUAAAUUCAAAUGGCUGACGUUCCACUGCUGUUGAGGACAUGGUAGACAGGCGUGUCUGCCACCCGUGACCAACAACUCCAACACAUUGCAACAACAAUAAUAACAACAACAACAACAAGGGCGCUGCUUCCGGUUUCUGGAUGUAGCUGUCACACUCCAGCAGCAUCACUCCAUCAGGAAAGCGCCUCAUCAGCAGUAUGAACGAAGGAGAGGUGUUCCAUGAGAAGCAACGACUGGAGCUGUGCGCCAUCCACGCACUCAACAACGUGCUCCAGGAGCGGGUGUUUACCAAGGAGACGGCCGAUGACAUCUGUAAACGGCUGGCUCCGCAGUGUGUGGUGAACCCCCAUCGGUCGGUGUUGGGGACGGGAAACUAUGACGUCAACGUCAUCAUGGCGGCGCUGCAGAGUCGGGAGCUGGCAGCAGUGUGGUGGGAUAAACGCAGGACUGUUCAGAGUCUUUGCGUGUCGAAGGUUCAAGGCUUCAUCCUCAACGUCCCAUCUCGAGUAUCACUGGGCAUCGUGUCCCUGCCGCUCCGGCGGCGGCACUGGCUCGCCGUCCGCCAGGUGAACGGGCAGUACUACAACCUGGACUCCAAGCUGAAGAGUCCCGUGUGCAUCGGAGGAGAAGCAGAACUUCGGACAUUUCUCAGCGAACAGCUUUCUCAGGACGUGGCGGAGAUGCUCCUGGUCGUCCGGCGGGAGGUGGAGGAGGACGGCUCGUGGCUGAACUCUGACGACGCCAAGAAGUGAUGCCUUGGGACUGGAUGUACCUUCGCAUUGCAUGAAAACAGAAAAACUCCUCUGGGAAAUGGACAGACUUUUUCUUUUUUUUCUUUUUUUUUUUUUCAAAGAAACACCUCAUUACAGAAAUGUCUUCAGGGAAUACACAUUAACAUAUGUUUAAUACCUACACAGACACACAGAGGAAAUUCCAAAGAGAAGCAGAGGCGAGUGUUUACUCCUGCAGUGAGGAACUGUUGUGGAUUGUAACAGAUGCAACAGCUUCUGCUCUGAUAGGACCCUGCGUGGUCCUGCUCACGGUACCUCUGUUCCAAAUGACAGAGUUUUUACUUUGAAGGAAUAUCUGAGACAGCGUGCGUCAUAAAACAAACGCAAACCCCAGUUUGAUUACUGUCUUGGAGAUAGAAACUUCAGUUUUCCAUGCGAGACAUGAUUGUGUUACGCUGUAAUAGGUUUUGUAUUGUUGUUACAAUUGUCACGUCAGAAGUCACCAGUUAGAAACGGCACCUUGUCUUCUUCCACCUGUUUUUUUUUGUUAAAACUUCUAUGCACUGCAGAGUCAAAGUUGCUUGCGAUGUCCGGCCUUUGUGUGUGCUCGUACAGGCACAGGUGCCGUGAAGGCUUCACCCCGUGAGGCAUUGAAGGACCCCAGUGUUUCUGCAUGUGUUCAGCCAUUCAUUGAGCAAAACUUUUAUUUAUUUUUUUAACGGUUACGCUUGAGAAAGACAAAAUUCUAUGGCAAAAUUGAAAAAAAAUUUUUUAUUUCAUUUCAUUGGGAACUUUGCUUUCUUUUUUGUUUUUAAUUUUUUUUUUACUGUGUCAUAACAAAGGGUGAUCUGCAUGAAAGUAGACAUCCUGUUCGUUGUGAUGGAUGAGCUCUCACAGAAAAGGUUUUCAGAAUCACUAUUUUCACCCAAAAGACUCUACAAUGCAUGCAGAAACACUGGUUCUGUGACUUUAUGUAACUUAAUGUUUGUAUUGUCGUCUCUCCUGUCGAUCUAUGCAUAUCCAAAAUGGUAGGAGCGCCGUCUCUGAUAGACACUAGUGACCGAUUCGCAAGCCGAAGCUCAGAGGUUCAUGAUAUUGAAGUUUAUUUAUAUUAAAGUUGACCUCUUGCUUUCAGGAUGAAUCUUUUCCAAAGUGUGAGUGUGUGACUGUCUGUGUGUUGACGGAAAGUGGCCUCGAAGAUGCUGUCAUUUUAUACAAAAUGAGGACAAGUAUCAGGUUAUUGAAGUUAUUUUUAUUUAUAUUAGACUCUUGAGUGUAAAAGGAUGCCAUUCAAAAGGAGCAUUGAUAACCAUACAAACUCAAUUCAGGGGGUUAACAAGGUCAGUUGGCGAGGACGGAGGGCCGGCGGCGGGGGAGGGGGGUGGAGGGGGUCGGGGGGGGGGGGGAUUCGAUGAAAUCUCAAACCGUACCAUAUAUACACAAAACAUCUUGGAGAGAUCUCAGAAACCCGAUGCUAUACAUAGUUAUUAUUGCUAGUUACGGUAGGGCUACUGCAGCACCAGUAGCAA